GGGAGGCGGAAAAUGGCGUCGACGUGAGCGCGAGCCCGCGGCCGCCCAGGGAGUCGCCGCAGUCUCAGCCGGAGCCGCCGCAGCCGCAGGAAUAAGAGGCUGAGCCGGGUCGAGGAUGAUACCCCCUUCUGCAAUUGGGACACCCCCCGGCUCCCUCCCGGAGAUUGGAACACAGGAGGCUCAAUCCACCCUUAUCCCCUGCCCUCCCCUGAUGGUGACUCCUUAGGAUGGGGGCUGACCAGGAGGAGGAACCCUCGGGGCCCAGCCCGGACAUGCCGGCGGCUGCAGAGCCCAGCUUCAGUGAGACUGAUAAGGAGGUGGUGUCCCCAGUUGUGGCCGCAGCAGCCACCUCCUCUUCCAUGGGGGAGGAGCCAGGCCCUGAACGGGCAGCCACACCCCCAUCGUGGGACCGAGGAGGGCCUGGAGGGACCCAGCAGGGUGCCCCCUCUGCCCCAGACAGUGUUCAGCCUGGUCCCGGAUCCAGCCUUGGCCCCACCAGCACAGUCUCUGGGACCAGCGAGGACCUGAGGCCUCCCAGACGACGCCAACAACCAGGGAAGCAGAUACCCUGCUCCAGCCCUGGCUGCUGUCUCAGUUUCCCCAGUGUUCGUGAUCUGGCACAGCAUCUGCGUACCCACUGCCCACCCACACAGUCCCUGGAAGGCAAGCUCUUCCACUGUUCCGCCCUAAGCUGCACCGAGACCUUCCCCAGCAUGCAGGAACUGGUGGCACAUGGCAAGCUGCACUACAAACCCAACCGCUACUUCAAGUGUGAGAACUGCCUCCUGCGCUUCCGCACGCACCGCUCGCUCUUCAAGCAUCUGCAUGUUUGCGCCGAGCAUGCGCAGAGCCCAGCCGCGCCGCCACCCCCAGCCCUAGACAAGGAGCCACCGGCGCCCGAGCGUCCCCCGGAGUCCGACACUGUGUCGGCGCCGGGCCUGCCGUUCCCGCUGCUCGAGCCCUUCACGACCCCCGCCCCUGCCCCCACCGGGCCCUUUCUGCCCUACUUGAACCCCGCGCCCUUUGGCCUAAGUCCCCCACGCCUGCGCCCCUUCCUGGCCGCGGCGCCCGGGCCGCCCGCCUCCAGCGCCGCAAUCUGGAAAAAGAGCCAAGGUGCCGGCGGCAGCCCGCGAAGACCCCAGGGCGGCUCCGACGCGCCCUCAGGAGGGAACACGCUCGGGAGCAAUGGAUCAGCCAGGCCAGACCAGCCAGGGCACGCGGCCCCGAGCCGCAUCGUGUGGGAGCACACGCGCGGCCGCUACUCGUGCAUGCAGUGCGCCUUCUCCACGGCCUCGCGGCCCGCCAUGACACUGCAUCUGGAGGACCACCGGCCCAUCGCCCCCGCGGCCCCGGGGCCCGGGCAGCCGCGCCCCGACGCGCCGGCGGGUAAGGCGGAGGAGCGCUCCGGGGGGGAGGGCGGGGGCCCCGAGGCGAGGGGCGGGGCCGAGGCUCAGGCGCCCCCUCCUCUGCCCCACCCAGACCCGGUCCCGCUUGCACCCAAGGUGUCUCCGCUGCUGUCAGAGGGGGAGUGUCCGGUUUUCUCGCCGUUCUGAAUCCCGCCGCGGGGGGGGGGGGGGGGGCGGGGGGAGGAAGGGGGGGACUGGACUGUAGGAUGCGGGUAGUUUUGUAAUUUUAAUGGGACUUAAGAUGGAGGGGGUGGGGAGGCAAUAAAGCAGGCGCGAUGAGCCAGCCCGUGCUGUGUCUGGGUCCCUUGCCCCUCCGAUGCACAGCCGGCCGGUCUAGCAGUCCUGGGGUGCUCACACCCUGAGAGGGGACAAGCCUCCCCUCAACCUCACUACUCCCCUGUCACUUUAACAACUGGGACCCAGGUCUCCAGCCCAGUGCUACCCUAUCCAGCUGUAGUUGGGGCUGCCAGUGCCUCUUGUCCCAUUUCCAGAAACCAGAUGGGAUGGAAACAUCGCUUUUAUUUAAGGAGUCCAGGAGUCAGUAAGACAGGGGGUCCUGAGAAAGUGCUGGGGCUGACCCUGCUGGAGGCGCCCCCCCUCCGUAAUCCUGAAGCCAGUGCAGACUCGCAGGUGGCAGGGUUGAGGUGCUGGUGCCAGGGCCCCCAGGGGCUCUGGUUUUGUCUUCGUCACUGUCUUCCAGACCUUCAUCCUUGGCUGCCUGCUUUCACUUCUGUCCCGAUGUGGGCUCUGAGGAGGAGGGUGGGUCAAAGCCAGCCCUAGGGAGCCUGGGCUCCCUCCCUCCUCACCCCUCCCCUCUCUGUCCUCCAGCCAUGAGGAUCUCCUUUUCCCUUCUGUCAUGGGAAAUCGGUCCUGGGUCAGGGUUCAAAAUUUGGGGCCACACUGCUGUCUCAGCCCUGUUGUCACCAAACCCGGUGGGCCAAGCCUCCUGAACGUGGAAGUCGACGCAUGCUGUUGGCAGCCACCCCUCGGAAGCUAGUUUUACCUCCUGCAUCUUGCUCCCUUCCAGCCCCAGGGUCCCCUAGCCUAGGCCCCUGACCCUCUUCCCCCUCCUCAGGUACCUGAAGCAACCCUUCCUGCCCUUCCCCCCAGUUUGACCACCACAGAAAAUGGGUCUGUUCCCAUUACUGCCUGGUAGUGGAGACCUUGUUCUAAUAACCUACAGGGCUCCAUCUUGAACGUCCCCACCCCCUCCCUCA